UAUUGGCCAACAAAAAUGCGGGUAGUUCUACGAGAGCAAGCUGUCCCUGUCAUAAAGCACUAUCAAGCGGGUCCCGUCAACGGUCUAUCGAGAUGUGAGCGGCAAGCGAACGAAGGCGUCGGACGCCGCCGUUACAGAUUCGAAGCUUCGACGACGGUUAAUCUCCGACUCUUCGCGCUUUUCCUCAUCUCGACUCCGGUCUUUUCAUGCGAAGUCCUUUCCUCGCAUCUGCAGGGGACGCCGUUGUCUUCAAUUGAGUUGUUGUUGUUGUCGUUGUCGUCGGGGAAGGCGAUGGGGAAGGAUGUGAUAAGGUUGGAGAAGGAGUCCGUGAUUCCGGUGAUGAAGCCAAAACUCAUCAUGAAGUUAACAAGUCUCAUAGAGCACUCUACUGACCAAUCCGAGUUUAUCAAGCUAUGCAAGAGAGUAGAGUACACGAUUCGUGCAUGGUACCUUCUACAAUUUGAAGAUUUGAUGCAACUUUACUCAUUGUUCGACCCUAUUCACGGUAAUCAGAGAUUGAAACAGCAGAACAUACCUUCUCAAGAAAUAAAUGAUCUGGAGUUGAAUUUCCUGAAGUACUUUUUUCAGGUAAUGGAAAAGAGCAAUUUUAAACUAGUUACUGAUGAUGAAAUCGAAGUUGCACAAUCAGGGCAGUAUCUCUUGAACCUUCCCAUUAAAGUUGAUGAAUCAAAGUUGGACAACAAGCUUCUGCCAAGGUAUUUUAAGGAUCACCCUCAUGAAAAUCUUCCUAGUUUCUCUGAUAAGUACAUUAUUUUUCGUCGUGGAAUGGGAAUUGACAAGACAGCAGAUUACUUUUUUAUGGAAAAAUUGGAUAUGCUGGUAGCACGUAUUUGGAACGGCUUUCUUAGAUUUACAAGGCUUCAACGAUUCCUCUCUAAACAACCAAAUUCAGAAACUAGGAAAGAAACGAAGAAAACUGAUGAAAUUACUGCCAACUCAAAUGAGGAAGACAUAAUUGUUGAACGUGUUCGAAUCGAGAAUUUGAAACUGAGCAUGAAGAACCUAAUGACCAAAAUUACGCUCCAAGAACCAACUUUUGAUAGGAUGAUCGUCGUGUACAGGCGAGCCAACACAGGAAACAAUACAGACCGAGGAAUUCAUAUUAAACACUUCAAAAAUAUUCCUAUGGCUGAUAUGGAACUCGUUUUGCCGGAAAAGAAGAAUCCAAGUUUAACUCCAAUGGAUUGGGUUAAGUUCCUCAUUUCUGUUGUGCUUGGUCUUGUUACUCUUGUUGGUUCUCUUGAAAUGCCGAAGGCUGAUAUCAAGGUUGCCAUAGCUAUCCUUUCUGGUCUCAUUGGCUAUUGUGCUAAGAUCUACUUCACGUUUCAGCAGAACUUGGCAACUUACCAAAAUUUAAUCACUAAAUCGAUGUACGACAAACAACUUGACAGUGGGAAAGGCACUCUUCUACACUUGUGUGAUGAUGUGAUUCAACAAGAAGUUAAAGAGGUCAUAAUUUCUUACUUCAUUUUGAUGGAGCAAGGGAAAAUGCCAAUAGACGAUCUUGAUAAUCAAUGUGAACAACUUAUUAAAGAAGAAUUCAGUGAAGAAUGCAAUUUUGAAGUCGAGGAUGCAGUUCAAAAGUUGGAGAAACUAGGCCUCGUUGCAAGAGAUUCCAUUGGCAGAAUCUACUGUGUUCCCCUGAAAAGAGCCAAUGAGAUCAUUGGCACCACUACAGAAGAGCUGGUGAUGAAAGCGCAACAGCCGCCAUCAUCUAGAUGAUUCAAGUUUGGAGUUGAUUGCAUCAGGUUCAUGGUCUAUGUAUUUGAAAUUUGAUAGACUAUCUUUGUUCAGUUGAGCAUGUGAAAAGGCUGAAAUUUGUCAUUUGUUGUGUAUUCGUGUUCUUUGGUCUUUGCUAAAUCUUUGUAAAUUAUGUACUAUUCUUUGUAAACAGGUUUGCUUGUUUUGCUAGCCGGAGCCUGGAAAUAAAAAAUGUGGUUUAGCAGUU